CCGGUCAGGGAGAGCUCAAAGCCCACAGGAUUUGACAGAUGUUCGAAUCGGACAAACUGCACCGCAAAGAGAGAAUUGGGGAGCAUUUCGGAUUUACAUAGUGGUAGCCUAUAUGCGACAAAAUGUCUGGACAAAAGAGUGCGAAUCCGUGUAAUAAAUUCCAAGCGAACAUUUUUCAUAAAAGUAAAUGUCAGAACUGCUUCAAGUCUCGGGAGCUGCAUCUUCCAACUGAUCAUGGUAAGGACCAGGCCAAACCCAUCUAUGGAGGCUGGCUCUGCUUGGCUGCUGAGGGGACAGACUUUGACAAUCCAAUUCAGAGGUCAAGGAAAUGGCAGCGACGAUUCUUCAUCCUGUAUGAACAUGGCAGCAUGAGCUUUGCACUGGACGAGUUGACAAGCACUCUGCCACAAGGAACAGUGAACAUGAAUCUGUGUACAGCGGUGAUUGACGCAGAGCCUAAGACAGGCCAGAGGAACGCUUUGUGCAUCAUCACACCUGAACAGGAGUUCUUUAUCCGGGGAGAGAACAAGGAGAUCAUCAAUGGCUGGAGUGAACAACUAGUCGUUUACCCACGGACCUUUAAGCAGAAUCAGAAGAUGAAACGUAAAGUAGAACCCACUACUUCCCAGGAGCCCAGCCCAGCAAAGAUGGCUGCCACUGAGCCCAGUUUCUCAGUCAUGAAAAGUGGUGACCCUCGCCUGUGGCAGGGAGAGCGGCCCAGUGGGGGUCCGGAUGUGGCCCCUGUCUGGACUGUGACAGAUACUGAUCCCCUGGGCUUGGACGAGACCCCUGCAGGUCAUGGUUCCCACUACCUCCCUUCAGCCUCCAGUGACUCCCUGACCUUUGACGGUAGUCUGCGGCUCUCCAACGGCUCCUGUAUCAGUAGCUCUGUGAGUUCCCUGGACUCUGUGGCCAGCAAGGGGACUGACACCAGCAGCGACAGCCAGCCCACAGAGCCUACGCCAUACAGAGACCACCCACCGGCCAACAAGAACAACAGGGCAGAGAGAAGCUGCUACAAUGAGCCAGGGAAGGAUGGGAGGAGUGCUGUGGGAGAGGACCUGGGUCAGGCUGGAUCCAGGAAGGGGAGGAGUGAAGCUCGCAGCAACCAGAGAGAGAAACUGCAGUCGUGUGGAGCUCUACGGCCAGGUCAACUCACCGUCCCUCCUCCUCAGAGAAGAGCUAAGUCACUGGACCGCAGGACCUCGGAGUCUGUCAUGACUCCUGAUUUGCUGAACUUCAAGAAAGGGUGGAUGAUGAAACUGGAUAAGGAGGAUCAGUGGAGGAAAUACUGGUUUGUGCUAUCAGCUGACAGUCUGAGGUACUACAAGGAUUCCUUCGCAGAGGAGAACUCAGAUCUGGAGGGGGAGAUUGACUUGACCAAGUGUCAUAAUGUCUCAGAGCACCAGGUCCAGAGGAACUACGGCUUUCAGAUCCAUACCCAGAAGUGUGUCUUUACUCUGUCAGCCAUGACUGCAGGGAUACGGAGAAACUGGAUCCAGGCCCUCAUGAAGAAUGUCCAUCCAUCUAACGCUCCUGAUGUAGCCAGCAGCUUGCCAGUCCAUCACGUCCCUUGUAGCCCAUCAGAGUCACUGCCCCUCCCUAAGCCAGACGUGACCCAGGACUCCUCCCCCUCCUCUGAGGUCCCUACAGAGACAGUCCAGGGGCCCAAACAGAGCCGCAUCCGUGAGAGGAGACGUGAAGGGCGCUCCAAGACCUUUGACUGGGCUGAGUUCAGCCCUAUGGCCCUGCUAGCCUCUGAGCAGGAGGUGCAGCAGGAGACAAAGGAGCCUCUUUGGAUGGAGGUAGGGGACCUGGAGAGGAAGAGGAGGCGAGAGGAGAGGAGGAGGAGGUAUGACAGCAUGCUCGGCUUCCUUGUGGGCUGGGAGAUGGACUGUGACAGAGGAGGUAUCAGUCCCAGGUCACCCAGGACUCACCAGAGGGUGCAGAGGGAGAUUGAACAGUGCUGGCAGCAGGUGGAAAGGACUGCCUUUAGACAGGAGAAGACUGUUCCAUUGUACACUGAGUCCCAGGGCAAGGAUAAAGAGGAUAUGGGGAUUCUGCUGGAGACCUACCACAGGAGGGUAGAAGAGUUGAAGGGCCAGUUGGCAGAGUCAGACCAACGCAGGCUUGAGCUGGAGGCUCAGUUGAGCACUGCAUUAGGACUCCAGCAUCAUGCCUCCCUGCCGCUUGAGGCCCCAAUGUGCCCAGAAGCUGAUCUUCCCUCUUUGAAAAGCCUGACGGACAUGUACAGAGAGACCAGAGAGCUCCUCCAGCAACAGGAGCUGAAGAAACAGAACAUACAGGAGCAGCUCCAGGAGCAACUUGGCCUGGUCCUGUCAUCGGCCCCUCUGGAGAAACACAGCUCCCCUGGAACUCACCCAUCACCACCACCCAGCAUCUGGCUACAUGACACCGAGGGAAACCUCCAGGGGCUGGAGGAUCUGUUCCCUGACUGCUCUAUAUCAGUAAACACACCUGUCAUGUCACCAACCUCAGACACAGAACUCUCAUCUUACUCUGUGCCUCAGAAUGGAAGUGAGAACAGAGGGCCUAACUUGGGCAGUGAAACUAGCUCUCAGACACAGUUUGAAAAUGGAAGCCAUCGACAGACAUCGAUUCCAGAAUCGCACACAAAAAGUUGUGCAUGGAGCCCAGAUUCACUGAGCAUGGGGGAAACUCAGGAAAGAGCCAACAGUGUGAGAAUAGACAACCUACUAUGCUGUGAGACACCCAGACCCACAGAGGAGUACGUAGACCCAGACCAGGCCAUCGUGAUGAGGAGACUAUCCCAGGAGGUAGAACUGCUCAGCAGCCAGAACGAGGCCCUCAACCAGCGCAACCAGGAGAUGCUCAACCAGCUGACAGAGGCAGACAGAGAGAUAGAGAGACUGAAAGCAGAGCUUAUCACUCAGUACAGUGGGCCUCAGUUCCUCCCUGAGGCAGAGCAGCACAGCCAGACCAAAGUGAAAGGCCUGGAGAAGGAGCUGCACAGGAGAGAUGAGCAGCUCCAGGAGGCCCAGUCCCUACUAGCCUCAAUGGACCAGCGUCUGAAGGAGACAGAGGUACAGCUCAGGGAGGACACUUUCAAAGACCUGGGCUUCCCAGCAGAAGAGGAUGAUGAUGAUGAUGAUGAUGAAGAGGAGGAAGCUGGGGAAGAGAAUAUGAAAACACACCACCUUGGAGAGAAGGAGCGGGAACACCUUCAACAGUGUCUGCAGGCCAUGGAGGCCAAGCAAUUAGAACUAGAGAGACAGCUCCAGCACACAGAACAGACCUGCAGGGAGUUGCAGGCCCACAACACACAACUCAGAGAGGCUGAGCAGUUGUACAGCCAGAGAGCCAUGGAGGCAGAGGCUGACAUCGUAAGGUUUAAUGAGGAAGUAGAGAAGGAAAGGACGGUGGAGAAAGAAAGUAGAUUAAGGUGUAGCAGUGAAGGCAAAUGGCAGGAGGAGGUAAUAUUGGAUUCAGGUGAAGAAAGGGUUCAGCAAGUGAUGGAAGGGAUAAGAUUGAUGUCCAGAACCUUAGGGAGAGUAGUGCAGGUGAUUGACAGGUCAGGUAUGGAUGUGGUAAAGAUGCCAUUAGAUAGAAAGUGUGUGGAGGUGAACAAGACAGUGGUCAGGCAGCUUCAGUUAGAGGAGGAGUUUUGGGGAAGGCUGUUGAACAGUUUGAAAGUCAACCCAUCCCAGUCCAAUGAGGAUAAACUCACAGAUGUGAUUCUAAGUCAGAUUUUAGAACACAUGGUAGUGGAAAAGCAAACACUCCUCCUAGCUCAUAGUCUUUUUUCUCAUAAUAAGAAAGAUUUAAACAUAAACACUGGAGGCCUGGACAGGAUGAAUGGAUGCAGGUCUUUGAGAGACCUGGACAUCAUUGGAAACAUAGCAGGUGAAACAGGUUCAGAAAUGAAAGAAGAAGAUGAUGAUGAGAGGAUAUGGAAUGUGUACAACCAGCAUAAUGACACCGAUGACUUCCGACAUUUCACAGAGAUCACACAGGAGAGAAUUUACCUGCUCAACCAAAUCGCCUCCUCAGUCGGAGCCUCGGCCAAUGACGAGCUCCAGUCCCUGGCACAAAGACUUUGUCAUUUCCACAAUGUAAAUGAUCCCCGGUUAGCUUCCAUACACUGCACCGCCAUGGAAGCCUUCUCAUCCUAUCGUCUCAGUAGGCUUAACACUCUACACAAUAGCACAUUUCAAGAGACUCAACAGGGACUGCUCAUUGCUUCUUCUCCUUUGAUGUGCAGCAGAUGUGCUGGGCUGCUGAGUGAAAACCAGCAGCUUGGGGCCAGACGGUCAGACUUGGAGAGACAGGGGAGUUCCUCAGUGGGAUUAGGGUUGACCCCCCUGAGGCAGGGAGAACACAUAGACUCACAGCAAACAGCCACACAGCUACUAGACACUACAAGUGAGCAGAAGACAGAGACGCCUGCAAUGAAUGCUGCAGGUAAAAUGGAUGUGGAAAGCCCAAACCACGGAGUGACUGCAGUAGAGGAAGUGUGCUGGGUUAGAAGGUGUGCAGAAGUGGUGGAGGGUGACUUCCUGCCCAACAGCAUUGAGAGUCCAAUGAUAAAGGUAGAGAGUAGGGUAGAUGAGGUAGAGAGUAGGGUAGAUGAGGUAGAGAGUAGGGUAGAUGAGGUAGAGAAAGGAAUCCAGGAAGUUGAUACUGAUAAGGAUGUAGAGAGGAGCACUACUGAACCCCACGAAGAAGCAAACACUCUGGGGGAGGAGGAGCUGGAGAUUGUGUUAUCACUGAGAGGUCAUGUGAAGGAUCUGGAGGAGCAGCUGUCUGUCAUGGCCAACAUGAAAGCAGAGCAUGAUGGGAGAAUGGCAUCUCUCCAGCUGAAACAUAAGGAGGACAUAGAAAAGCUAAAGGCCACAUAUGAGCAUGGCUUUGUCACCAUGGAGGAGUCCCAGCAGAGGAUCAUGGGGGAACUGCAGCACAGACACCAGCAGGACCUGCAGCGCCUGCAGUUAGACACAGACAGACUGCUGGAGGAGGAGACGGCUGCUACUAUCACAGCAAUUGAAGCAAUGAAGAACGCUCACCGUGCCGAACUCAAAAGAGAGAUACAGAACGCUCACCGUGCCGAAGUCAAGAGAGAGAUACAGAGGGCAUGCCAUGAAAACAACCCUGCAGGAGAUGUGAAUCUUGGAGAAAUAUGCAGGCAACACAGUGAGGAGCUGGUCUCCUGUCACAGGGAGCUGGAGGUGUUGUCCCAGCAGUACUCUCUGAAGUGUCUGGAGAGCUCCCACCUGGGCCAGGCCCUGGAGGCAGAGAGACAGGCUCUGUGUCAGUGUCAGCAGGAGAACCAGGACCUCAGAACUCGCAACCAGGAGCUGAGUGGCCAUCUUGCUGCAGAGAUCACCAGACUUUGCUCUCUGGCCAAGCAGGACACCUUCCCUCUUAGUCAGGAGAGAGAUGUGUAUGAGCUGGAGAUCUCCCUGCGUGUGAAGGAGUCAGAGGUACAGUGCCUCAAGCAGAAGAUCACCUCGCUCAAGGAUGAACUCCAGACAGCCCACAGGGAUAAGAGGUAUGCAACAGAGACGUACAAGGACAUCUACACAGAGCUAAGCAUCAUGAGGGCCAAGGCAGAGAGAGACCUGGGACAUCUCAGGGAGAACCUGAGGUUGGCCCACAAAGCACUAGGAGAGCUCUCACCUGCAGUGGACACAGAUAAUAAUGAGUGUCAAGGAAGAUAACUGCAGCUGAACAAAGAGACACAACGCACAACAUGGAUUGUUCAUCGGUCUAUCCAUGUUUACACCAUUUAGCACUUCGAGAUCCAAAGUUAUAUUGUCAAACAUUUUAUGUCCUAUCUACCGUUACUGUACUACAGAAUUUUAAAAGCGCAUUAUUUGAGGAUUCUGUAUUUUUACAUCAUUGUAUCUAAAUGCACACUACUACUUAGUCUGUCUACGUUUGUCGAUAGGCUAGACAUUUUGUAGACGUUUUCCUGACGACUAACAUUUAUCUCAAGGCGUUUGUAAAAUGUGUAGAAUUAUUACACUGCUAUGUCCAAUCCAGUUAUUGAACGGGGAUAUUUCUAAAGACAACUCAGAUUAAGUUCUCUUUUCUUACCUGUGAAAUACAUGAAAAAGUAUGAAUGCACCGUCUGAGUCUAUAAUGGAAAAGUAUUAUUUGUUUGUGAGUGGAUGGUUUUAUUUGGAGGCGUUUAUCUUGAUCCUGCUAGUACACAUUUUGAUGUUCUUUAUUCAUUUUUAUUUAUUUUAUUUAUCCGUUAUUUUACCAGGUAAAUUGACUGAGAACACGUUCUCAUUUGCAGCAACGACCUGGGGAAUAGUUACAGGGGAGAGGAGGGGGAUGAAUG